AUGGCAUCACCCUGGUCCCGUGACUUGCUGCUCUCUGCCGCGGCCGCGGCGGCUCUUGUGGCACUGCUGCUGCACCGGCGUUCCAGGCAGCAGAAGCGAGGCAGAUCCCUCACCAGCACCCAGCGGAAUUUUGCGACGAAUGGUGGGCCCAUUGGCGCAGCUGGGGAGUACGAAACAGACACCGCACUCAACGAGUAUUUGCAUUUCCAUUACGGGCCGAAAUCCAGCUUCCUUGACAAAGCCCUGUUGGGUCGUUCCACUAUGAUCACCUCCGGUUUCGAACGUGUCAAGGAGAUUUGUUUCCAGCACGCCACCUCUUUCCACCACGCCCUGGAUGUGGGCUGCGCCUGCGGCGCUCUCAGCUUCGCCUUGUCGGAGCGCUUCCAACGCGUCGUGGGCCUCGACACGUCGCUGAGCUUCGUCCAGGCCUGCGGCACGUUGCAACGGCGCCGGGCCGUGCCCUACGUGCUGCCCGGGCAGCAGGUCCGCUGCGCUGCCAGCAUCAGCACUUCAGUGCGCCCUGAGCGCUGCAGUUUCGCCUGCAUGGAUGCGACAGAGUUUCUGCAGACAGGUGCCCGCUUCGAUCUGAUCCUCGCCUGCAACGUGCUCUGCCGUUUGGCGCGGCCACGCCAGUGGCUGGCCUUGCUGCGCGACAGCUUGGAAGCUGGGGGAGUGGUGGUGCUUGUGACACCCUAUGCUUGGCUUGAAGCCUGGACUCCACGAGAGGAGUGGCUUGGCGACAACAGCGAAGAAAGCUCUAGGGUGCUGGCUGACAUCAUGACGAGGAAUGGCUUCAGCAAGCUUCACCACGAGGAGAUUCCCUUUGUCCUAGCGCAAAACGAUCGGAUCUACGAACUCUUCAUCUCUGAGUUGACCGUCUGGUCUGCGGCGUCUGCGGCUUCGCCUGGGGUCUCACCAACAUGA